UCUACAAUGAACAACAGUGGACCGACUUAUCCCCUCGCCUCUUUGUAUGUCGGGGACCUGCAUCCAGAUGUUACGGAGGCCAUGCUGUACCAAAAGUUUUCUCCUGCUGGGCCAAUCAUGUCAAUCCGUGUGUGUCGUGAUAUCAUCACGCGGAGGUCCUUGGGAUACGCUUACAUAAACUUCCAGCAACCGGCGGAUGCGGAGUGUGCUUUGGAUACAAUGAACUACGAUGUUCUGAAGGGACGCCCGAUCCGAAUAAUGUGGUCUCAACGUGACCCGGGCCUCCGAAAGUCUGGCGUGGGCAACAUCUUCAUCAAGAACAUGGAUGACACUAUUGACAACAAGGCAUUAUAUGAUACCUUCUCAGCCUUUGGCAAUAUUUUGUCUUGCAAGGUUGUUUGCGAUGAAAAAGGUUCAAAAGGCUACGGUUUUGUUCACUUUGAGACUCAAGAAGCCGCAAACCGCGCCAUUAAGACCAUGAAUGGAAUGUUGUUGAAUGAUAGAAAAGUUUUUGUCGGCCACUUCAAGUCCCGCAAGGACCGAGAGCAGGAGUUCGGCAGUAAAGCCAUGAAAUUCACCAACGUCUACAUAAAGAACUUUGGCGAAGACUACACAGAUGAGAAUCUAAAAUAUGACUUUUCUGCAUUUGGGAAGACUCUGAGUGUACGCGUGAUGAAGGACGAGCAAGGUUGUUCGCGCGGAUUCGGCUUCGUCAACUACGCUAACCACGAGGAUGCGCAAAAGGCAGUGGAGGAGAUGAACGGCAAGGAGCUCAACGGCAAGUUCCUCUACGUCGGACGGGCUCAAAAGCGGCUGGAACGUCAGGGAGAGCUGAAGCGCAGGUUUGACCAAAUCAAGCAGGACCGCAUCCAGCGCUAUCAGGGUGUCAACCUGUAUGUGAAGAACUUGGACGAUAGCAUCGACGAUGAGAUUCUCCGGAAGGAGUUCUCCCCCUACGGCACCAUAACCAGUGCAAAGGUCAUGACCGACGGCUCCCAAAGCAAAGGCUUUGGCUUUGUCUGCUUUUCUUCACCCGAGGAGGCCACGAAAGCGGUGACCGAGAUGAACGGAAGGAUCAUCGCCACCAAGCCCCUGUACGUGGCACUGGCCCAGCGGCGGGAGGAACGGAAAGCCAUCCUCACCAACAAGUACAUGCAGAGGCUGGCCACUCUGAGGAGCUUGAACAGUCCCGUCAUUGAUUCCUACCAUCAGACCAAUUACUACAUGACUGUGCCGCAGCAGACGACCACGCGCGGCUUCUAUGAGCAAAACGCCGUCAGCAACAUGAGAUUCGUGCCUCGCUGGACAGGACAGCCGCCGAGAGUUCAGGGUGAGGCGACGACUCGGGCUGGUGAAACGCCAAAGGCGCAGCUCGACGCAAACGCCGCUGCCCGCAUCUUUUCAGGUCCGUACUCCUCAUCCCAGUAUAUCGGCGGCUCCGCCCCUCGCCAGGGCUCCACCCCCAUCGCCACGAUGAGACAGGCUUCGACUCAGGCCCCGCGUGUCUGCAGUUCCACGCAAAAGACGAAUAACAUCGGAACCCAGACCGCAUGUGGACGAGCUGACCCGUCCGCCGGGUCAAGGAGCGGUCAAUUCAAGUACUCGCCGGCGAUGCGGAACCCACAGCGGGUGGUUUCUAUGCCAGCCAUAACCAGACUACAGGCUGUUCCCGCCCCUGUGUUGGAGCCCCCCAUGCAUGCUCAAGGACUGGCGCCACUAACCACCUCAAUGUUGGCUACAGCUCCGCUUGUGGACCAGAAGCAGCUUUUUGGUGAGCGUCUGUACCCUCUGAUCCAUGCCCUUCACCCAAGCUUGGCGGGAAAAAUCACCGGAAUGCUGCUGGAGAUCGACAACUCGGAGCUGCUCCACAUGCUGGAAUCACCGGAAUCGCUUCACUCCAAGGUGGAGGAGGCCAUUGCUGUCUUGCAAGCUCACCAGGCCAAGGUCUGCUCCCCAAAAAAGGGAGGAAUCAUUUAAGGUCAGCCAUGUUCAUUCGGUGAAAGUGGAUGGAUGCUAACGUGACCCCGCCCCCACUUCCUCCUCAUGUCUGAUUUAUACAGUAUUAAUUCUAAUUCUGUGCAAUUCCUUAAACAUCAACGAAUGUUAUUUAUUCAGUCCGCUUCAAAACAAAUUUUGAUAUCAAAUGAUUUGCCCGUUUGCUCAUCUGGAUGUUUAUUUAAAAGCUAACUGCUGUAGUUUUCUUCGCAGGUGCUGACAAGUUUCUCGAGGAGUAAAAUUCAUUUCAAAACGGAACGAAAAAUGUAUGAGGGCUGGAACUGGCAAGCUGUUUUCUUUUUGUAACGUCUUUUGUUAUAAUAUAAAGUUCACAAUAUAGGCAUUAAACCUGUCUUGGGUCAUUUCAACACAUUACAGCAGCACUCUGAGUGUAAAACAAACCAAACAAGAUACAUUUGAUGCAUAUUUCUAUUAAACAGAUAUUUAUGACAAAUACUUGAGUUUCAAAAGUAAAACAAUUCACUCCGAUUUAGGGAUCAUUUGCAAUAAAUGAACAA